AUGACAGUGAAACCAACCUACCGCAUCGCCUCGAUUCCCGGCGACGGCAUCGGUCCCGAAGUGGUCAGCGCCGCCAUCCAAGUCGUGACUAAACUGUCCCAAACCCUGGGAACAUUCGAUAUCGAUUUCACGCACAUUCCCUGGGGAACUGAAUAUUACAGGCAGCACGGCAAAUACGUCUCCGACAAUUCCCUGGACGAGUUACGCCAGUACUCAGCAACCCUCUUCGGCGCCGUAGGGGACCCCAACGUCCCAGACCACAUCUCCCUCUGGGGCCUGUUGCUCGCCCUCCGCAGCCCUCUCCAACUCUACGCCAACGUCCGCCCCGUGCGCACCUUCCCAGGAACAAAAUGCAAACUCAACACAACCAAGCAAAUCAACUGGAUGCUCGUCCGCGAGAACUCCGAAGGCGAGUACUCAGGCCAAGGGGGCCGCUCGCACAUCGACCACCCUUGGGAAGCAGCGACUGAGACCGCAAUCUUCACGCGCGUGGGCAUCGAAAGAAUCAUGCGGUUUGCGUUUGAAAUGGCGCAGUCGCGGCCUAAGAAGCUGCUUACGGUCGUUACGAAGAGUAACUCGAUGAGGCAUGGGAUGGUCCUUUGGGAUAAGGUUGCUGCGGAGGUCGCGAGGGAUUUUCCCGGUGUGGUCUGGGAUAAGAUGCUUGUUGAUGCUAUGACGGUGAGGAUGGUGGAUAGGCCUGAGUCAUUGGAUACUAUUGUCGGGACGAAUUUGCAUAUGGAUAUUUUGUCUGAUUUGGCUGCUGCGCUGGCGGGGUCAAUCGGUGUUGCGCCGUCGGCGAAUUUGGAUCCUACGAGGAGAAAUCCAUCGAUUUUUGAGCCGGUGCAUGGGAGUGCGUUUGAUAUUACGGGGAAGGGGGUUGCGAAUCCUGUGGCUACUUUUUGGUCUGCGGCUGAGAUGUUGAACUGGGUGGGGGAGAGGGAGGCAGCGGGGAAGUUUAUGGAGUGUUUGGAGAGGGUUUGUGAGAAUGGUGUUCUCACGGCUGAUCUUGGUGGGAAGGCAAAGACGCAGGAUGUUGUUGAUGCGCUCUGUGCUGAGAUUGAGAGGCUUGCUUAG